AUGGGAGCCAAACAGAUGAAAUGGUAAGAGUUGGAUUUCACAAAUGAUAUGCAAUAUCUCUUGAUUUACAUAACAUAACUGUCUCUCUCCCUCUCGUUGUUACAAUCAGUGGUUGUAAUAUAGAAAUGCAGUGUUUGUUCAUUGACCAUUGCCUUGACAGUAAUAUGCUACCUUUACAGUGACGGGAGUGGCUAUGACACCUCGAUACAGUGCAAGCACUAUGUCAUUUAGAAGAUGUCAUUUCUUUGUCUAAUCAAUCUUAUGUUACACGUGUUAGAUAAACUAAUCAGAGUGUGAUAGCUUGUAGAAAUUGAGUAGUUCACAUAAUUUUAGGGCUGGGCUUUCGCUUUUGGCUUUUGUCUGAAUGUAGGUGUGGGUGUGCCUCUCUGGUAUGGAUACUGUGCGUCCGUGUAGGUGUUUGUCUGGAAGAGGAUCUAUAGUCUUAUGUGAAUGAAUGAGUGACAUUGCCGGCAAACUACAGUGUUUGGCAUUGCUGUGAUAUCCAUUUGCAGAUCGGCUCACAUCUCAGAUUUACUUUGAUCAGACUGAUUAGCAUCACACUGUAUAUGAGCAUGUCCAAUCUCACAUGGUGUUUUAGUGUUAUACAGUAUUUAGUUCCAGAGAUUAGGAUAAUUUCUGUUUAAUAUUUGCCCACCAUAGUGGAGGUUUUAUUUCCAACCCCAAAUAUAUUGACAGUAAAUACAAAAAUGACAGUAUACUGUAAAAUAGGCCACAGGUACAUUUGAUCCUCUUUCAGAGAUAACAUUGAAAAGUUAAAGCAAUGCACAUUCAGUUAAAUUGAAGACAGAUUUGAAUUAAAAACAUAUUAUUAUUUCAAGAGGAUUUACUUUAUUUUAUAUAAAGGGAUUACAAGAGACAUUCAAAGGCCAGAUAUGCUGAAGUGAAGCUCAUCUCUUGCUAAUCUCAGUGGCUAAUCUUGGUAUCUCUACUGUAUGUUGUUGUUUCAGUUGGCACAACAAAUCAGCAGGGUACAUCUUUUAAGGGUUAUCCACAGAAAUUACAAUAUGUACCUAUAACAAACUACACCCAGGACAAAGGAAAGGCGUGCCACGAUAGAGAGACUUACACAGAACAUUGGUUGGCAUGUACUUCAUACUUCUUUGCCUGUAGUUCUUAUUUACAUUUACAUCAUUUAGCAGACGUUCUUAUCCAGAGCGACUUAAAAAUUGGUGCAUUCAAUUUAUUACAAUAUUAUUUUAAUUGAGUUGCAGUGUUCAUCAAUGGGGAGUACUUAGGGAUAACUACUUCAGUAGAAUCAGAUAAGAUGGCCACCAGACCACAGAGGCUCUGUUUAUGUAACCUACUGUCCCUGUUUCUCAGCAGCUCAGUAGAAUCAACAAAGUAGGCCCCUUAUGACAGAAAACGUCCCAAACUUCCUGAAUAUGAUAACUAAAUGGUAUAACCUAAUUCUCACAACUCUAUUCAAGUCAUCAUACUGUAUCUACGAGACAGUACAUCCCUACCAACUCAAUUACAUAUCAAUCCAAGCAAGCAUUAUGUGGUACCUGCCUCCACAUACAGUACUAAUAAUUUACAGCUGAGGCACAGUAAGAGAGCACAUACAGACCGUCCUGUUACCCAAUUAACCCUAACUAAUCUCCCUCUGUUCACAGUAUUAGCGAAUGGAUAAAGGGUGGAUAAAGGGAAAUUCCAUGGUAACAGAGUGAUGCUGAGACUCAGAUCUUUCACUUUAAAAUGUAUGUCAAAUAAAAACCAGAGAUUGCAAAGUUAACAAAUCAUAUAACCAUAUGCAUCACUCUUUUACCAUGUAAUUGCCCUAAAGUAAAAACAAUGUGUAGUAGGUAUUCUUUCCCUAUAGCAACCCCAAGUCAAUGUAAUUACAUGGUAUUACAAAAGGGACAGAUCAAGCCAGGGCAGGUAUACAGUUGCAGCCCUCAUAUUCAGUCAUGCAAUGAUAUAAAAAUGACAGAUGCCAUCCUAACACUACAUUAAACCAGACAUGAAUCUCACACACAGGCUGUAAUGUGAGUCUAAUUACCUUAUGUCAACAUUAUGCUAUGGUUACAGAAAUGCAAUCCAUCAUCAUCCACCCAUCUUUCAUUUUUCUUAAGAAAGAUAGUCUCUCUCCCCUUUUCAACAUGUUAUGCCCAAGGGUUUUAGGUUGAAUAGUGGCAGAGAGGGGCAACAAUUACAAAAUACAAAUAUAAAAUACAAUUACAAAAUACCCUAAAGACCAAUGUAUCAAAAUAAAAUACAUUAUACUUUUGCAAAGUAUUGUAUUGAAUUAAAAUACAAGUAUUUUGUAUUUUCAAAAUACAUUUGCAAGUACACCCUUAACCUCAACAACAUUUUCUGUAAUGGUAAAAAAAAAAAAAGUGUUUUACUUGCUAUGACUGUGAUAAUGUGGUUGUUUACCUGUUUCUACUUUAGUUGAAUGCACUGACUAUAAGUUGCUAUGGAUGCUAAAUGACCAAAAUGCACUUGCAAAGCAUGCUAGUUAUUAUUAUUCUAAUGAGCUCCACCCCCGAACGAGACCAUAUUUGAAUAAAAAUGUGAAUGACUGUAGAGAUAGGCAAAGAUACAUCAAAAUGUAUCUUGUUAUAAAAUACCCUAAAGAAUGUAUGAAAAGAAAAUACAAAAUACCAUUGUCAAUAAUACAGAAAAGUAUAAUAUAUAAUAAAGAAAUAUACAUUUAAAGUAGGCAAAAAAAACACAAAAAAAUCAUAGACAAACUAUUUCAGUGAAAUAUUCCUGUGCAGUUGUAAAUCAAACAAAUAAAUGUAUGAACCCCAAACGUUUUUUCAAUUUCAACUUAUUUUAGAAGAAAUAGACCCUAUAUAAUUGUCUGUCCGACUGUUUAAAAGUAUUUUGUAUUUUGAAAAUGCAAAAUACAGCUCUCUGAAGUAUCUUGCUACAAAAUACAUUGGACUGUAGUUUAGGCCAGUGAAAUACAAAUUACAAAAUACGCAAAGGUAAUUGAAAUACAUAUUUCAAAUACAUGUAACAUAAAUACUGCCCAUCUCUGAAUAGUGGUGUAUUUUAUCCUUUGUCUGGCAUAUGACUUAACCACACAGACAGAAGCAUGGUUGUUUUCCCACAGAUACCAAUAAAAGGAUCACGGAAUCCCCUCUCUGGGAGCCAUAUCUAAUGCCUGGGGUCAUAGAACACAUGUGGCUGGAUCCCAUUUCUAAAAAACACACAAGAGGGAACAUGACAAGAGGCCCAGACCUCAGGGUGCUGGGAAUGUACUCAGCACAGACAAAGAUCAUCAUAACAUACAGACUGAGUACAUAACAGACUGAGUACAUAACAGACUCAGUACAUGCUGAAAGAGGAAAUCAUCCUCUCAGAGACAUUGAAAUCAUUGUUAGUUUUGAACUGAUGUCUCCGGAGGAAAAAACAAUCCUAAGAAUGUGUUGUUACAAAAACUGUUUCUAAAUCCCGCCCCUAUCUGACUGUUUGAAAAAGGAAAUAGUUAGUUGUUUGACUCAAAUGUGUCCCAUUUGUCUGAAGUUGCCUGUAAAGUGCAUUUUAAUUUAAGUAAAACUUAAUAUUUUGGACAGUCACUUAUGUUUGUGUCAAUUAAGUUGAAUUAAUUAAUUAAUGAACAAACAAAUUCCAUCUCUGUGUUAACUUACACCCCCCUCCGUAUUUAUUUGGACAGUGAAGCUGAAACUUUUAAUUUGGCUCUAUAUUCCAGCAUUUUGGGCCACUAUUAGGCCACUGUAUAGAAUGUCGCCUCUUAUUUGAGUGUAUUUUAAAACAGAACAUCGCAUAUGAAACAUUUGAUCUCAAAUCCAAAAUGCUGUGGUAUAGAGCCAUAUUAAAAGUUUUAGCUUCACUGUACAAAUAAAUACAGAGGGAGUGUAUGUUCACAGUGUAUCAUUCUGUUGAAAUAUUGCUCAGUCCAGAUGGCAUUUACAGUAUGUACAGUAUAUGUAAUUUCAAGAAGAAUGUCUUCCAUGAAUAUUUAUUUACUGUUUCUUUAUAUUUGGCUCAGCAGCAAACAAACUUAUUCCUUAUUCCUGUCUUUUCCCACCAUCUGUUGCAGCCUCAGUUCAGCCAGCCCUGCACACUCCCCUAAAGAAGAGUACAUCAUCGCUCAGUCCACAGACACUCCUAAAGAAGCAUUUAUCUCAGCUCAAUCUGAAGACCACGCCGAGCCUGGAGAUGACAAAUCAGAGUUGACGGAAAGGAAAUCUGAUACAGGUUGACUGCACAUCAAUUUGCUCGUGCUGAAAUCUGUUUUCAUUUGAUUUAUCUGCUAUAAAAAUGACGUUUUAUCAUGCCCGGUCUGUUUCUGUCUGUCUGUCUAUCUAUCUGUCUGUCCAUCCAUCCGUCCAUCCCUCUGUCUUUCCAUCCCUCCCUCUGUCUGUCUGUCCUUCUGUUUGUCUGGCUGUCCAUCUGUCUGUGUGUCUGUGCCCUCCAGAAGAGGUGUUGUCUCUCUGCGGCCUGUGUCCGACCCCGGGGCAUGGUGGGCCAGAGGAGGAGAGAUCAUGGGAGGAGCAGCUGGAGUGUCACCAGGAGCAGCUGGAAAAGGAGAUGCAGGAAGCCAGGAGGAUGGUGUUCCGCCUGCAGGUAACUAAUGACUCCUCACACACACAGACACAUACGCACGCAUGCAUGCACCCGCACACACACACACAUACGCACACACUCACACAUGCAUGCUCCCGCACACACACACACGCACACAUACACACACACUAACACACACACACACACCAAGGUUAUUGUAGUAAACUAAAACUGAUUUUUUUAUUUUUUUUUAUAAUUGUAAACUGAAAUAAAAUAAUUAACAAACCCAUUUGAAAUUAAAACUAUACUGAAACUAUUAUAUUUGACUCCAAAACUAAGUAAAAUAAAUAAAAACCAUCAUGAAUUAUGUUCAGUUUUACUUUUUUGGGGGGCAAAAAUUGAAUGGGGUUUUCAAGCUUUUUUUUUCUCUAAUGGGUGUUUUCAAGCUUCUGAAUCUGUUGAGUUAGAGAUUAACUUUAUAAUUUAAAGGUAGACUCAGCGAGCUGACUUUGCCACGAGCAGCACCACAGAUAUUUGGCUCGUUUGAGUGGUAAGGCUAAACCAACCGACUGUAGACAAAAGUUGAGGAGUGAAGUCAGGGGAGGUGCAUCUGCGACAGCUGAAAGUCGGACACUAAUGUGGUUUUCCAACAGCAACCCACUGGGCACAGACGUCAAUUCAACGUCUAUUUCACGUUGGUUUAACGUAAUUUCAUUGAAAUGACGUGGAAACAACGUUGAUUCAACCAGUAUGUGCCCAGUGGGAAGGCUCAGAUCAACAUGGCAGUGUUGCCAUUGUCUAUAAAAGGUUUUCUUUAUAAUGUUGAAAGAAACAUGUUUCUAACCCCCAUGUCACACAGUCACAAACGGAAAUCCUAAUAUAAUGUGUGUAAACAUUGUAAAAUCAAUUAGUGAGACAGAGCCUCAAAUAUCACAUUUGUUUGUGUAUACUAUGUCUACUAUACACAUAAAUCACAAGCUAAUUGGUUCUUGUUCAUUCAUGUCUUUGGUCACGUUCACGUGGGUCAAACAAAAACAGCCUAAUGAUAGGUUAACAAUAGAUCCUCACACAAUGCAGGUAAUGGCUGCAGGAGGAAGUUGGUGAAGGGCAGAAAUUUGCGUCGACUGCAGUCAAAACUUCAUGACCUUUGAUCACAUGAUUUUUGUAAAGUGCGUGCAGUCAACAUGUAGGCACAAGUCGGGCAAUUUUUAUCCCCACGAUGCAACACACUUUGAAAGGCGGUGACACUUAACAAAAGUGAUCUGCUCGAACGCGGCCAUUGAGAUGAGCACGAUGCAAGACCUUUCUCUCACACAGUCACACAAAGUACCUGCGCAUGUGCACGGUUGCGCUUCAUGCUGCUACAACAUGGUAGCUACAGGACCAAAACAGCUGAGAAGUUUAGCCUCGCGCUUCAGUGCUCCUGGUUGUUGCGGAAAUUGACCCACUACUACUGCUUACUUGGUGCAUCUACGUCAUCUGAGUCUACCUUUAAACCUAACCUAACCUAUAACCUGACCCAUCUCCUUAUGCAUUACUGCCCCACAGUGGCAAGAAGUGACCUCCCAAAAACCCCAAACACUAAACAACACAGAAAUGGCUCCUAGCCUCCCACGCAUAGGCUUCUUUCUGUCCGUAACACUAAAACUAAAUUAUAUAAGAACGAAAUAGAAAUGUUUUUAUGAAACUUAAAUUAAACAAAAAUGAGUAAAGUGGAACUGAAAACUAACUGAAACUAAACUGAUUUCAAAUGAAAAUGUUAGAACUAAUAGAAAGAAAAACUAAACUUAUGUUUAGUAUGUUUAAGAUGUAUCCCUCCAAGGCUCCAGCUAAGGUAAGUAUACAAUGAGAUUGUGAUCAUUCAAGCUUUAUCUGGUAUCAAGGAGCUGAGUGCUCUUAAUCUAGCACGAUCUAAUCUAUCCUGUCAGGUAUAAACCCCCCCCAACCUCUACCCCACCCUGCCCAACUGAGGAUGAUCACAUAAAAGGGUCCUGCACAUGUCCAAGCCAAGCAUUUGCUCUAUGUUCACUGUCCAGUUCAGGUUGGCAGCCUUCUGGUGUAGGAGAGGCCGUACGUCCAUAUCGGUGUGUGUGUGUCUGACAUGUUUUUAUGCAUGCAUGUGUUGUGGUCGACAGGCUUUCUUUCUCUCUGGUGUGUGUUUAUACUGUGAAAUGUAUUCUGGGUGUGUAGGCUUUAUCUUAUGUGUACAGUAUGUGUCUAUCACUCUCUUCUCUCCAGGCUCUACUGCUGCACGGCUCUCUCCCUGAGGACGAGCAGGACGUCUCCAUGGGCUUCGGGGAUAGCAGAGCUAACUCUGAGCAGCAGCUGGUACUGUGUCCGCCCCCAUCCUCUCUGUACAUAAUACGGCAUGUUCAGCCACCCACUGUGAUGUAGCGGUGUCAGACCCUGGCAUGCUAUAAUGUUUUUACUGUCACUCUAGAGUCCAGCAAAGACGCAGAUACUGUAGAAGCGUGAAUGAGUAUAUGUUAUCUGCUUAGCCUGUUUUCAUGCAAGGCCACUGUCUCUUUAUAAGCGCUGACAUUUCUCUAUUCUCUCAUAUUGCCGCUCAUCCCAUCGCUUUGAAGGUUCUAAUCCGCAGUCGUCUGGACCAAAGCAUGGAGGAGGCUCUUGAUCUGAAGGUACAGUAAGUAAAAUUAAUUGGGCUUAAUGUGGAUGAGCUGCCAUAAGAUCAAAGACCUCCCCCUCCUAAUGAAAUGUCUCUGAGUCUGUCUGUCUUUCUGUACUCUCAGAGGGAGCUUCUGAGGCACAAGCAGGAGGCACGCCACCUUCAGGCCAUUAAGGUAAGACCUGCAGUCAAACCCUCUUAAGUUUGUUUGGAUCAUUACUUAUACAUGGAUUAGUGGCAUUUAUUCAGUUCUCAUGCCAGCUCUGGGUAGAGAAGCAGCACCUUUUAGCCUCCAGUGUUCCUUUACAGAAGAGUUGUGUGCUCUGUUUUAGGCUUUAUAAGGAUCCAUAUUAGUGGGUCCUUACUCUUUGGUAUCCAAACAGGCCUCUCUAGCAUUGUCUUUGAUCUGCCUUUCCUCAUUAGGAUGCUCUUCAGCAGCGUAUGUCUGUACAGGAGGCUGCAGUGCUGCAGCUGAAGCAGGAGCUACUGAGGUGCAGUAUGGACAAAGAGCAACUGGAGGGGGAGAACGUGAGUCAAAUGAUAUGAUAAUACAGACGUUGACAUUUAGAACGAAUAUUUGACCUUUUUAUUCAAUGGCUCUAUCUAUUUAUGUAUUCAAAUAUUCACAAAGUGUUUUGUUCAUCCACAUUACAAAUAUAAGUAUAUAUUUGUACAUUUGUAGGCAGAGCUCAAACGGAAGUUGAGCGAUCGGAACAAACUGCUCAGUGAAUAUGAGGUAAGAUAAGAAAAUAUGUGCAUUUUCACCAUUUCAACACACUUUAACAUUUGGAUAUGAUUAUGUAGUUGAAACGUAUCAAAGUAUCACAGAUAUCACAGUGAUAUGUCUAUAAAACCAGCAGCAACUUGGAAAAAAGGAUAGACUACUUCAGCAACAGCAAUUGAAACUGGACGAUGCUCGCCACAACUCUACUGAAGGAAGCCACAGGGUAUGGUACCAUAAUCAAACUGCUUCCACUACACUUACAGUAAAUGACAUGUAUUUGUUGUAGAUUGAAAAGUUGGUAAGAUAUAUUAUAUCUGUUUUUCUUCAGUCAUUUAGGAGUGAAAAGAGUGGGUUCAGUAACUCUGUGGGCCCACCCCCUGGUCCGGCCUUACAACACACAGCGGUGAGUCAUGUACACCUAUGUACAUUUCCUACAUGUGUUUACAUGUUGGUGGGAGGGAGUGUGUGAUUGAUUAAAUGUGUGUUUUAGAUAUGUUUCAUGUCGUCAUUAUAGCUUUUUCUAGAGCUAGAGACCUAAUGGAGAUUAAAGGCCAUGGCCAAAUGAUCAACAACCUUCAAAUUUGCCUGGCCACCAGUUCUAGUGGUUUAUGUCAUAAUGUGUGUGUAUGUUAGCAGGGGGAGGAACUGCAGCUGGUGAGGGAGGCCCUGCGUAGUCUGAGGGAUGGCUUCUCAGGUCACGACCCUCAGCAUCACACCCUGGACACACUGGAGCAAGGGGUGGCCAGUCUCAUGGACCGUCUACACACACUCGACCCACGCCGCAGGCAGCAGGACAGAGGGGUACAUACACACACACACAUACACACACAUACACACACACACACACACACACACACACAGCAAUAUACACAGAGGACCACAGAGGUGGGUGCUGUGUGAAUGCUGUUAGCGUUAAAUUAUGCACCUGAUGUGAUAAUCAUGUGUUUAUCGUGUGCACAUCGUGACUGACUGAAUUGGCAUUUAUCUUAGUAACUGUGACUCUGUCUUCUUGUAGGGUCAGUACAAGUCACCAGGACGAAGAGCCAACCCCACAGACAGGGACUCAUGGCCACCCAGCUCAAGUAAGAUAAACUGUUUGUUUUGCCGUUCUCAACAACCUUGCUAAUUCUCUUCAUGCAACUUUAUAUAAUUGUGUAAUUAAAUUACAUUGAGCACAUGUUAGGAGGUAUUGAGCAUUUUAAUUAGCUAGGGUGGCUAUCUGUAGAGAAAAGGGUAAUAUUAAUCCAACUUGGUCUGGUCCACAUAAUUAUUAAAGACUUAGCCCUCAGGUACCUAUCAAAUGAUUUGACUUAUAUUAGAGAUGUCUACCAAUACAACACCAGAGCAAUAGACUCUGAUAUUGCCUGUUUUAAAUGUAAGCGUCUAUCUGGUAAGAACACCUUUUUAUAUACCGACGCUGUUGAGUGGAACAAACUACCACAUAAACUCAAAGCCAUGGUGACCAUAGUUGAGGAGACUAAAUUACUUGGUGUUACCUUAGAUUGUAAACCGUCAUGGUCGAAAAAAUAUAGAUUCAAUGGAUGGGGAGAGGUCUGACCGUAAUAAAGAGAUGCUCUGCUUUUUUGACCCCACACUCCACAAAGCAAAUCCUGCAGGCUCUAGUUUUAUCUUAUCUUGAUUAUUGUCUAGUCAUAUGGUCAAGGGCUGCAAAGAAAGACCUAGUUAAGCUGCAGCUGGCCCAGAACAGAGCGGCACGUCUUGCUCUUCAUUGUAAUCAGAGGGAUAAUAUUAAUACUAUGCAUGCCAGUCUCUCUUGGCUAAGAGUUGAGGAAAGACUGACUGCGUCACUUCUUGUUGUAAGAAACAUGAAUGUGUUGGAAAUUCCAAAUUGUUUACAUAGUCAACUUACACACAGCACUGACACACACACUUACCCCACCAGACAUGCCACCAGGGUUUUCACAGUCCCCAGGUCCAGAACAAAUUCAAGGAAACGUACAGUAUUAUACAGAGCCAUGAGUGCAUGGAACUCCCUUCCAUCUUAUAUAGUGCAAGUAAACAGCAAACCUGGUUUCAAAAAAUUAAUAAAGCAACACUUCACGGCACAACUCCUCUUCCAAUGUGACCUACUUGUUGUGUGUAUGUACUGACAUGUACUGUAUGUGUAACUGAUAGAUGCACACACACUACAUGUUCAUGUUUUGAAUGUAUGCAAAUUGUAAAGUAUUUUGUCUGUAAUGUCUUUUUCGUUAUGUGUCGGACCCCAGUAAGACUAACUGUCGCCUUUGGUGUCGGCUAAUGGGGGAUCCUAAUAAAUCAAAUCAAAACCAUAACUUCAUUUAAAAAGAAUGUCAAAAGCUGGCUAAUGAUCAACAUUUUUCAUGUCUCUAUCUAUGUAAUGUAAUGUUUUAGCACCAUGGAAAUGUCUGACUUUCUUGUGAUAUCCCUGGCAUGUUAAUUUGUAAUCUUUAUGUAUGUAUGGUGUGUAUAUGUUUUUUAAUUGGCAAAUAAAAUCAAUCAAUCAAUCCUAUCUUUAAGCUGUAGCCAGUAAGCGAACCUAUACUACCGGUCAAAAGCUUUAGAACCCCUACUCAUUCAAGGGUUUUUCUUUAUUUUUACUAUUUUCUACAAUGUAGAAUAGUGAAGACAUCAAAACCAUGAAAUAACACAUGGAAUCAUGUAGUAACCAAAAAAGUGUUAAACAGAUAAAAAUAUAUUUGAGAUUCUUCAAAUAGCCACCCUUGCCUUGAUGACAGCUUUGCACACUCUUGGGAUUCUCUCAACCACCUUCAUGAGGUAGUCACCUGGAAUGCAUUUAAAUUAACAGGUGUGCCUUCUUAAAAGUUAAUUAAUUAAGUUCAAGUAACAGACACAUCUCAACAUCAACUGUUCAGAGGAGACUGUGUGAAUCAGGCCUUCAUGGUCGAAUUGCUACAAAAAAACCACUACUACAGGACACCAAUAAGAAGAAGAGACUUGCUUGGGCCAAGAAACACGAGCAAUGGACAUUAGACCGGUGGAAAUUUGUCCAAAUUGGAGAUUUUUGUUCCAACCGCUGUGUCUUUGUGAGACACGGUGUGGGUGAACGGAUGAUCUCCGCAUGUGUAUUUCCCACCGUAAAGCAUGGAGGAGGAGGUGUUAUGGUGUGGGGGUGCUUUGCUGGUGACACUGUCUGUGAUUUAUUUAGAAUUCAAGGCACACGUAACCAGCAUGGCUACCACAGCAUUCUACAGCGAUACGCCAUCCCAUCUGGUUGGGCUUACUGGGACUAUCAUUUGUUUUUCAACAGGACAAUGACCCAACACACCUCCAGGCUGUGUAAGGGCUAUUUUAUCAAGAAGGAGAGUGAUGGAGUGCUGCAUCAGAUGACCUGGCUUCCACAAUCCCCCGACCUCAACCAAAUUGAGAUGGUUUGGGAUGAGUCGGACCAUAGAGUGAAGGAAAAGCAGCUAACAAGUGCUCAGCAUAUGUGGGAACUCCUUCAAGACUGUUGGAAAAGCAUUCCAGGUGAAGCUGGUUUAGAGAAUGCAAAGAGUGUGCAAAGCUGUCAUCAAGGCAAAGGGUGGCUAUUUUGAGGAAUCUCAAAUAUAAAAUAUAUUUGAAUUUAUCUAACACUUUUUUGGUUAUUACAUGAUUCCAUAUGUGUUAUUUCAUAGUUUUGAUGUCUUCACUAUUAUUCUACAAUGUAGAAAAUAGUAAAAAUAAAGAAAAACCCUUGAAUGAGUAGGUGUUCUAAAACUUUUGACUGGUAGUGUAUAUGUUUUUAUUUGUUUUCAGAAAUAGCUCACUCUCACAGUAGCCCUGGCCUGGACUCCACAGUCUCCACUAAAGUGCUCUACUUCACUGAUCGCUCACUCACUCCUUUCCUGGUCAACAUCUCCAAAAGGUACAAAUCCAGAAUCCCUCUUUGGAUCUUGAUGAUGUCCAUUGCAUGUGUAUCUUUGUGUUGUAUGGUUGCGUGCUGCCUGUAAGUUGUGGAUGGAAUGUAUGUGUUAGUACAUGUGUACAUUGUUAGGCUAUUGAAUGCAUGCAUGUGUAUCAUUGGUGUGUGUGUGGUGUGUCUAUGUGCUGUAGCAUUGUGAGGGAAUGUGCAUGUCUGUGUCUCUGCACAGAUCAGUGUACCAUGAUGCCAUCUGACAGUGAGACUGUGCUGUGCUGUUAGGCUGGGGGAGGUGACUCUGAGAGACUUCAAGGCAGCGGUGGACCGCCAGGGCAGCUUCAGGUACCACUUCAAAGCCCUCGACCCAGAGUUUGGGACUGUGAAGGAGGAGGUAGGCAUGUUUUGGAUUACAGCUUUGGGUUUACAUUUGGAUAGGGUUAACUGUUACCACUGAGGGGGAAAUGACUGAAUGACCAAAAUGAAAUAAUGAAACACUUGGAAUUGGCAAUAGUUCCAAAACCCAGUAACUAUUUUAAAAUCAUAGAGAUGAGGAUUCUCUAUAAAGGUUUAUAAACUUUAUAUACAAAAGUAUAUGGACAUCCCUUCAAACUAGUGGAUUCGGCUAUUUUAGCCACACCCGUUGCUGACAGCUGUGUAAAAUCGAGCACACAACCAUGCAAUCUCCAUAGACAAACAUUGGCAGUAGAAUGGCCUUACUGAAGAGCUUAGUGACUUUCAACGUGGCACCGUCAUAGGAUGCCACCUUUCCAACAAGUCAGUUGGUCAAAUUUCUGCCCUGCUAGAGCUGCCUCAGUCAACUGUAAGUGCUGUUAUGUAAGUGCGGCUCAGCCGCGAAGUGGUAGGCAACACAAGCUCACAGAACGGGACCACCGAGUGCUGAAGCGUGUAAAAAUCAUCUGUCCUUGGUUGCAACACUCACUACCGAGUUCCAAACUGCCUCUGGAAGCAACCUCAGCACAAUAACUGUUUGUCGGGAGCUUCAUAAAAUGGGUUUCCAUGGCCGAGUAACCGCACACAAGCCUAAGAUCACCACGCACAAUGCCAAGUGUCAGCUGGAGUGGUGUAAAGCUCGCCGCCAUUCGACUCUGGAGCAGUGGAAACGCGUUCUCUGGAGUGAUGAAUCACGCUUCACCAUCUGGCAGUCUGACGGACGAAUUUGGGUUUGGCGGAUGCCAGGAGAACGCUACUUGUCGAAUGCAUAGUGCCAACUGUAAAGUUUGUUGGAGGAGGAAUAAUGUUUCAGGCUAGGCCUCUUAGUUCCAGUGAAUUGAAAUCUUAACGCUACAGCAUACAAUGACAUUCUAGACGAUUCUGUGCUUCCAACUUUGUGGCAACAGUUUGGGGAAGACCCUUUCCUGUUUCAGCAUGACAAUGACCCCGUGCACAAAGCGAGGUCCAUAUAGAAAUGGUUUGUCGAGAUCGGUGUGGAAGAACUUGACUGGCCUGCACAGAGCUCUGACCCUCAACCCCAUCGAACACCUUUGGGAUGACUUGGAACGCCGACUGCGAGCCACGCCUAAUCGCCCAACAUCAGUGCCCGACCUCACUAAUGCUCUUGUGGCUGAAUGGAAGCAAGUCCCCGCAGCAAUGUUCCAACAUCUAGUGGAAAGCCUUCCCAGAAGAGUGGAGGCUGUUAUAGAAGCAAAGGGGGGACCAACUCCAUAUUAAUGCCCAUGAUUUUGGAAUGAGAUGUUUGACGAGCAGGUGUGCACAUACUUUUGGUCAUGUAGUGUAUGUGUUCAGAGACUGUCUGUCCCUGUAUAUGUCAUAGUUUAUAUUAUAAGAGCAUGCAUGUCUGGUUCUGAUUGGUGUUCUCAGGUGUUCCAGGAUGGAGCCCUGGUGCCUGGCUGGGAGGGGAAGAUAGUGGCCUGGGUGGAGGAGGACCAUGGAGAGAGACGGUAG